AUGGCUGAGUAUUAUAGUGAUUCGUCCUCCGAUAGUGAAUUCAACAGCAGGAACGCUGAGGAUGUCAGCUAUAGCGAGCUCUCCACCAUCCCAGACCACCUGAUCCCCCGCGCCAGAGAGAUCCGUGCCCUCAAACUCGACCACAAUCAAAUUUUGCUGCUUCCCUCUUCUAUUUCUGUGUUUGUGAACCUACUGUCUUUAGAUCUCAGCAAUAACCACCUGACACAUUUACCUAAAGAACUGACCAGCCUUAGGAACUUAAAGACACUGGUAGUUAAAAGGAAUGGAUUAACCUGUUCAUCCAUUCCUAAGGAUUUUGGACUGCUGUCAUCUUUAGAGGUGGUAAACUUCAGUGGAAAUGCCCUGGAAACCUUUCCUGCUCAGUUUACAGAACUUUCAAAUCUUAAAUAUCUUUACCUGGGUGGAAAUUGUAUAUCAGAAAUGCCAAACUCAAUAAAGAAUUUAAAAAGAGUGGAGGUCUUGUACCUUGGUGGCAAUAGACUGACGGAGGUCCCGGCAGAGAUUGGACAGCUCUACAUGCUAGCCGCGCUGAUUCUGUGUGAUAAUCACAUACAGAGUAUUCCUCCAACGCUAAUCCACCUCCGAAAAUUACAGUCCCUAAGUCUCCAUAACAACCAAAUCUCCACCCUCCCACCAGAGAUCGUGCGACUUAACCUGUCAGAACUUAGUCUUAGAAACAACCCUCUUGUGAAUAAAUUUGUACAAGAUAUGACUUACGAGCCCCCAACACUACUGGAACUCUCCGGGAGAGUGGUCAAAAUAGAAAAAGUCAAGUACUCUAAAGAUGAUCUCCCAAAGAAUUUACGGAAAUAUCUCGAGUCUGCUCAAAGAUGUGUCAACCCCAAAUGCAAAGGUGUGUAUUUCUCAUCGAGAAUAGAGCAUGUGAAGUUUGUAGACUUUUGUGGGAAGUAUCGAGUGCCUCUGUUGCAGUACCUGUGCUCUCCGCAGUGUCGAACAUCCCCAGCAGUGUAUCACAGCAGUAGCGAUACAGAAACAGACGAAGAGGAAGUCGCCAAUGCAAAACUACGCAAAGUGCUGCUGGGCUAACAUUGGGUUAGGCUUAUAUCACAAAACGGCGGUAUGGCACCGUGUUAAAAUGUAACAUCUAGUUAGACUGGGUCUUGACUUAGACAGCAUUAUUGGUUGACAAUGGCUGUAAAAUUUGCGAUAUUUUAUCAUGCUAAUUGCAUCAGGAACACAAAUGCAAAAUGCAUGUCUAAUUUUAAAAAUGCAAAUAUUCCUGGGUUGUCCUCAUUUUUCACUGUUUUAUCACGAUUCAGAGCAGGUCUUCCAGUUUUAAAUUCCAGAAGUUCCUUGCGCUCAUUUUCAUUAAGAGGAGACGGGGAAAAUAUUCAAUGCAAUGACAGAAUUCCACAAUUACGGGUAUAUUUUUUCUAGGUGCUUGAAGUUCUUUAACAUUUUUGUCACACUCAGAUACUUUCUGGUUGCUCUCAUGCUGUAUAUUGUACAUUGUACUACAUAUGUAUAAUGCCUAUUGUAUUUUAGUACAUAUAUAUGUUUCAUGUGUAUUUCCACACUGUAGUCUUAGAGAAUGGGUAAAAUUGUAGAAAUUACAUUUAAUUUAUAUAUACAACUUUGUACACAACCUCCCCCCCCCCCCCCCACCCCACCCCAUCUUUAGUGUUGUUCAUGCAGCAAUAUUUUUUAUGAACUACAUUUCUUGCUAUGGUCAUGGUUUAUUUUUCUCCUGGAGAACAUUUUGUCUCUGUCUGCUACUAGACUUAUUCCCGUCUUCAUCUAGUCAGUUCUCAGCUACCUCUUAUCACAGGAUGACUGUGCCCAUCUAAGCAUCAUUAGCAUGAUUAGUUUGGUUGUUUGGAUGUCAGUGGCCCCACCUACAUAAUAGGUUGAUGUGUCAGGCAAUUUUUAAUUCUGGAGUUUUCAAGGAAAUGUUGUGUACUUUUAAAUUAUAUUCAUUUCAUUGUUUAAUGCUCUUUUUUUUCUUUUUUGCUUGCCUUAAAGGCAAUUUUCUGAUUUCUGAUGACAUCAUCAAUGUUAUCAGAAAUGGUGUGGAUAUCGUGUGUAUAAAGAUCCCGAGGAGUUCUUGAAUUUUGAGUAACUCCAGUCAAAGCAAGUUUCCAAUGAAUCAAAAUAGUCCAGAAAAAGUCCAUCAAUUCUUUUAAAUAUGCAAUUUUAAAAGUUUACUAAAUUGUGCUGUUUUGAUAUCAUUAUUCAGUUACCUUGGGAUGAAUGUACGUAUGGUAGAUUUAAUAUCAAGACCUGCUUGUGGUGGGUUUUUUUUUAUCAAUUUGAAAUUUUAAUUAACAUUAAAUAAUGAACAUUUCAAGUAGAAGCUGACAAAAAGGUUUCAGAAGUGCUUGUAGUCUGCUUUUUAAAAAAUUGCCACAACCUGCAUAAGAUGUACAUGUAUACUUUUCUGCUAUUGUAAGGAAAGAGUUUAUGACUAUAUAUGUAUUUGACCAGGUGAAUUAAUGGAGGUAUAUAUUUUAGCGUUUUUAUCUAAUGUCCAUGAUAAUUUGUUAAGGAGUUAAUUUUCCAUUCUUUGUAAUUCACAUGAAGUAUCUCCAGGCUAAGGCGUCCUUUCUUACACGAUGUUGGAAUUUAAAAUGAAAAAUCUCUCAGAAACCUUGAGAUGACAUUUUCAUCAUAGUUUCUAUGCCCAUUAUAACCAUACAUUUCUUGUGAACUUUUAUUGCAUGGACAAAACAUGUACAUCCAUUAUUCUGAGUGUGCCAAAAAAAAAUGUCCAGGACUUUAUAACUCGUGUACAUUAUUUACAUGUCGUGAAAGUAGGUAACAAAUUCUUGUUCAAUUCAUUAUAAUGAAUAAUAUUUAUGGCGUAUGUAGAAUAUACAUGUAUGUAUAUAGUGUUAUGAAUGAUGUGGAACUGUUUGAACUUGGAAUAUAGAUACUUUUAAUUCUGCUAUACAGGAAACAAUAUUUUGUCAUGGAAGUUUGGUUUUUACUAUGAAUGACUUGAAAUGAUUAUUUGUUGAUAUUAAAGUGAAUUAUUGUUAAAA